CUCUGUCAUGGCGUCUUCCAACCAUGUUACCCCCACCAACUGUAGCUGGUGGCCCAUCUCAGCCAUGGAUGAAGACGGCAAAAUCACAGACGGGGAGGAGUGCGAAGAACCGACGGCAGAGCCCAAACCCUUCAAUAAAGACAGGCUCGUUUUGUACCACUGGACGCAGUCGUUCACCUCCCAAAAGGUACGUCUAGUCAUUAAUGAGAAGGGUCUGGUCUGCGAGGAGAGGGAUGUGAGCUUGCCGCUGCAGGAGCACAAGGAGCCCUGGUUCAUGAGGCUGAACCUGGGCGAGGAGGUGCCCGUCUUCCUCCACGGCGACACCAUCAUCAGUGACUACAACCAGAUUAUAGAUUACCUGGAGAAAAACUUUGUGGGAGACACAGUGGCUCAGCUUAUUCCGGAUGCAGACUCGCCUCUCCACGAUCGUGUGCAGCAGUACCGUCAGCUACUGGAUGGUCUGCCCAUGGACGCUUACACACACGGCUGCAUCCUCCAUCCAGAGCUCACCAUUGACUCUAUGAUCCCAAAGUACGCCACCGCAGAAAUACGUAGACACCUGGCCAACGCUGCGACGGAGCUGAUGAAGCUGGACCAUGAGGAGCCUCAGCUGACAGAACCGUACCUGUCCAAGCAGAAGAAGCUCAUGGCAAAAAUCUUGGACCACGAUAAUGUGAACUACCUGAAGAAAAUUCUGGGAGAGUUAGCCAUGGUUCUAGAUCAGGUGGAGGCUGAACUGGAGAAAAGAAAACUAGAGUAUCAAGGUCAAAAGUGUGAGUUGUGGCUAUGUGGACCUGAAUUUACACUAGCUGAUGUCUGCCUCGGAGCCUUGUUGCACAGGCUCAAGUUCUUGGGACUUUCUAAGAAAUACUGGGAGGACGGCAGCCGACCCAACCUGCAGUCCUUUUUUGUGCGUGUGCAAAAACGCUACGCUUUCCGCAAGGUCUUGGGCGACAUCCACACGACCCUCCUCUCCGCGGUCCUACCCAACGCCUUCCGGAUGGUAAAAAAGAAGCCGCCGUCCUUCUUCGGGGCCUCUUUUCUCAUGGGCUCGCUGGGAGGGAUGGGCUACUUUGCCUACUGGUUUUUAAAAAAGAAAUACAUGUAGUGAAUGCCCUCUUGUUGUGUUAAAUGUCUGUGUAUUUGUGUGAUGUUUCAACUUUUCUGUAAUGUUUUAUGACUGCAGGAAAACAUAAUGAAUCUAUAUAGAGAACACUAUUACUUACCUGGGUGAACAAAGAAAUAUUAAAACAUUCCAUAAUAAGAAAUUCUUGACAGCACAUUUUCUGGUAAUCAAGGCCUUCAUCAAGUUUUAAUUUCUGGAAACUCGCAGCUCUUGUGUCUGCGAGUCCCCGUUUAACUUUUGUUGGAGGCAGGUGCACUUAAACCGAAAACUUAAAAGUAGAAACCCAGACGAAAUGUUAAACACAGUAACACCAACAGGGGUUAACUGACCUUCGCAUGCCACUAUUAUAGUCAUUAUUCAUACCUGCUCUUCACUCCUCCAUCUGCCUGAGGUUUAACCAGUAAAGCCGCAGGAACAUGUACGUGACGAAUACUUUCUGAUAAGUGCUGUGCUGCCAGAAACUGCCAGAUGACGUGAUGAAAGGAUGGAGGCAAAGUAUAAAGGAAUAAUUUGACAUUUUGGGAAAUUUGCUAAUUGCUACUUUGUUUAAAUGUAGAUGAGAAAAUUGAUACCACCUUCAUGUGUAUAUGCUAAAUGAAACUACAGCCGGGAGAUGGUUAGUUUAGCUUGGCUUAGCAGAAAGACUGGGAACCUCCCACCAACACCUCUAAAGCUCACUAACAUGAUAUCUCGUUUGUUUAAUGUGUACAAAAACCAGAUUGUAAAAAUAAUGAAUUACUUAUUUUUGGUUUUACAUGGGUUGUGAGCUUCUUAGGUUCUGGUAGGCAGAGUUUGUUACCUUUACACAGAGCCAGGUGUUGCCUCCCUGUUGUUAGUGCCUCUAACUUUCCAUUUGAGCCUCAUGUUUUCAGAAAAAUAACUGUACGUGUUUUAACACUUAACAGCUGUUCUGAAGGUAUCACAUCUGUACAUUAAGUAUGAAGUUAGAAUUAGCCGCUGGUUAGCUUGGCAUAAAGACUAAAUAAAGAGGGAAACAGCUAGCCUCAGUUUACCCUGAGUGUUUCCACAACGCUCAGACUCAACUAAUCUGGAUGGAAAAAAUCUGUUGCAUGAAGGAAAAAAAAUGUUUUUACCUGUUUUUUAAAAUUAUCAAAAUUGCACGUCUUUCCUCUAUUAAAACAUCAAUAUUCACCAAUAUAACUGAUAAAAUUUAAAAAUUUGGUUCACAUUAUUCAUAUGGAGCAUUGAGAUGUAUAAUUUCUGUCCAUCAUCUUUGUUUGGGUGAGGAAACGGUGUAAAAACAGUUUUUAUGGUGCAGCAGACAAACUGUUUUUCGUCCAGAUGGUGAAAAGAGUCUUUUAGGAUUCUGGAAAAACCUUCAGAGCAGAAUUAAGAAUAAAGGUUGGGUUAUAUUAGAUAAGAACUAGCUCCAAAGUCGUUUUGUCUAUGUCAGAAGGGAAAAGUGGCUAUAGUUGUUCUGAAUGGCCAGAGCGUGGGGUGAAAAGCCGGGCGUCAUAGAGAGGGGGUGGACAUGAUGACUUUUAAAGGUUAACAGCACAUUUUCAGACAGUCUCUCCUGGAGGAAGAUGAAAAAAGAGGUGGAGAGAGAAGUUUAAGCCAUGACUCCUUCCUCGCCCCGUCAUGGCUGAGAAAUCACGACAUGAAGUGUGUGUUUUUUUCUUCCAGAAAGUUUGAGACAGACAGAGUACGAGCAGCUUGAGUAUUUUUCAAUGACACACUGGGUUUUUCAGAAAUCACAUGAGAGGCUCACAAGCUGAGGCCUCCCAGCAACCCUCUGGCUGUAGCUUCAUAUUCAACAGAGUGGUAUCAAUCUUCUCAUCUAACUCUCAGCAAC